UCUAAACAGACUUAACAGACGUUAUUUUUUAACUCUCCCUUCUCUCUCUUCUCCUCUCUAACCCAAACUUCUCUUCUCUCUUCUGUAGUGUCUAGGCCAAGCCCAAGUCGGCGUCGUUUCAAAACAAAACCCUAACCCAGUAAUCGCUUCUCUUCACUCCUCGAUUCCACUCUCUCUCUCUCUCUCUCUCUCUCUCUCUCUCUCUCAUAUUAACAAAAACACACAGAAAACCAAAAACAGAGGGUUUUUCCAUUUUGAGCCUCUCUGAGAGAGAACACACAGAAAAGAGAGGCAAAAAAGAGACAUGGAUUCAGACGAAGGAAAGCUAUUCAUAGGAGGCAUAGCAUGGGACACCAACGAAGAAAUCUUGACUGAGUACUUCACCCAAUACGGUCAAAUCACCCAAGCCGUUAUCAUGCGCGAGAAACCCACUGGUCGCCCUCGUGGUUUUGGCUUUGUUGUCUUCUCUGACCCUUCUGUUCUUGACCGUGUCCUCCAGGAUAGGCACACCAUCGAUGGCUGCACCGAGCAUCCAGAUGCAGUUACAUACGGAGAUAAGAUCUUGGAUGAUUAUUGUGAUUUGUGCUUGAUUUAUGGUAAUGAAAGUCAGCAUAGUAGAUCAAGUUAUUUUGACAUUAAAAUGGAGAUCAACACCAACACCCUGGGGAUGGGGAUUGACGAUAUAAUUGGUGAUACGCAAUCUCCAGCUACGGAGAGUUUGAAAUAUCUCAUCUGAGAAGAAAGUGAAAAUCUGCUCCUUCGUCAACCUCAGCAUGUAUCCAAAAAGUUAGGAGAACCAUCAAGAAAGAGACACAAGAGGCAGUUGAGGGGAAGCCAUGUGUAGUAAAAACUAAAAACAUAUUUGGGUACUGAGGAAGGCAAAAGACUACAGCUCAAUAGAAUGUAUAGUUGCAGCACUUCAAACCGUUCCUGACAUGGAUGAUGAGAUCUUCUUGGAGGCUUGUGAACUUUUAGAAGAUGAGAGAAAGGCCAAGAUGUUUGUGGCCAUGGAUGUUACAGCACGGAGGAAGUGGUUAUUGAAAAAGCUUCGACGGUAGCAUCUAUUUUCCUUGUUAAUGUCAGAUAUAAUUUUGGUACUUUUUUAUUGGGGAGUUUUUCCAAUGUAAAUCAGAUCCUAUAUUAAUGUCAAGGCAUUUUUCAAUGCAAUUUCCUGUAUGAUUUCCUUAUUGAAAUUGGAAAAAAAAAAGGGAAUUGAAUUUGCUUUUGCUGGGA